UAAGAAUUAGAACAAUAAAAUGUACAAUAUUCAUGUUACGUAUAAACAUUGUGUAAUUAAACUUAAAUACUGAUCAUACACUUUAACUUAAAUACUAUUUUUAUAAUGGAACUACUAAUCCUAUAUAUUCGUGUGUAAUAUCCUAUCAUGUAAUUUAUCGUAAUUCUUCAAAGGUUUAUCCAGGGGAAAGUCUACCAUAUGGCUCGUCCCUUCGGCGCCAUAACGCUUGAAAUUAUCAUAAUUCGUCAUCUCGUAAUUCGUGUUACUUCAAUUUUAAAAGGAACCGUACGAGUAUUUAUUAAUUAACUGAGAAAUCAUGGCAACCAAUCAGAAUGUGAUAACGUUAUUUCGCGACUUGCGAUUAAAGGGUCUCUAGUGGGGGCAACAGAAGCCAUCGCAGUGCAGCCAAGUGCAGCAUCUACCUGCCUCUGCCUGCACCUGCACGUACCAGCCUACCACCUUUAAUGCCAUUCAAUGCAGUUCACCGCUGGACGCCAUAAACAUAAAACACGUGGUUCCUCUAUUUCGUCGCAGACAUGUACACUUGCUAAUUCUCGUCCUCGUUAUUACUCAAAGGAACCCUUACAUAAGAAGUGCCAGGAAGUCCUGUCUACAGGGAUGUUUCACCAUCGAUAACUAAGUCUUUGAAGGGAUCAAGGAACAGAACAGUAUGACGUCCGAUAGAUUUCAUAAAGCUGCACGCGGCGGGGCCUUGAACGUCUUAAAAGAAGCAACGAAAAAGGAUUGCAACGGGCGCGAUGAAGGUGGAAUGACCCCCACGUUAUGGGCGGCCUUUGAAGGUCAUAUAGAUGUUCUGAGACUGCUCGUCGCCAAAGGGGGUGACCCAGACAAGACCGAUUAUUUUGGUAACACAGCCCUCCACCUAGCAGCGGCGAGAGGCCACGAAUAUUGCGUCAAGUUCCUGGUAAAGUUUGGUUGUAACAUUUGGUCAUUGGACAUAGACAGGCAUUCCGCCCGAGACUUGGCUGCCAUAAACGGGAGAGAGGUGAUCCUCCAAUACCUAGAUCUCGCUCAGGCCGACCAGGAACUGAACAACCGGAAGAAAAGUAGAAUACUCAGAGAGAAGGCUGAGAAAGAUGCAGAGAAAAGACUGAAGGAGUACAUGAAGAAACAGAAAAUGGCGGAGAUCAAAGCUGAGAAGGAGCAGAAGAAGCUGUCAAGGGACAGAACGAAACUGGACUUGGCUACAGUGAACGAAGCAGGUGUUCCAGCUCAGAAACCCGGUAUAUUGACCUUCAAAGGUCGAGUCAAGCCUUCACCAACGUUCAGCGACAUCGUUGGCACUACUACGAAGAAGCACGGCAGUGCAGUCUGCAGGAAGGCACUGGCUAGGAAGGCAGUCGACGACUUCAAAGUUGUAGAGAUCGAAGUGAACGGGAAGAAGUCGAUUCGCAGCUUGACCGGGCUGCGAAGGGACUCUGAGGUGAUAUACGUAGGAACCUACGAGACGCAGGCCCAGCAAAUUGGAAGACGUGGUAGAAUCUCUGAUGUCUGGGGCACUCUUAGCAAGGCUCAAAGCACUCCUGACCUCCUAGGCGACCGUAGCUUCGACCAAGGGAACGCAGAAGACUUGAACGAUGUCGGGAAUUCUAGCUUCUUGCAAGAACCUGCGAGCAUUUUCAAUCGACCAGGAUUUGGAUCCGUAGCGUUUAGACGACCAAUAACAACUCUGGAGAGCCUACCAGUUCCCCAAUUAGACGCCCACCAGCAAAACGGCAACUCCUGUCUGAGCGGUUCGAUAAAUGGCUCCCUGAAUGGCCAUCGAGUCGGCUCCAAUGGGCACAACGAAGAGAUCAGUAUAGGAAGCGCGGGUAGCUUGGCUCGAAGACAGAGCAUGUGGGACGACGACUUACUUUCAGAGGAGGAAGAGGAAGAAGAAGAAGAAGAAGAAGAAGAGACUGACGAGGAAUGGACUCCCUUACAGAGAUUCCUAGUUGCCAAUAACCUUUCGUCCAUACAUCCCAUUUUGGAAUCCGAGCAAAUAGAUCUGGAAGCAUUGAUGCUGCUCACUGAAACUGAUAUCGCGGCUCUGAAGCUCCCCUUGGGACCCAAGAGGAAGCUGAUGAACGCUAUAGCGAAUAGGAAAAGGGCUCUGGACGCCCCCCAGAACGUUAUAAAAGACAGCAGAUUGUAGAAUUAAUUGCAAAAUGAAAGGGAAACGAGGAAGAAAAUGCCUGAAUGCCUUACGAAGUGUCUUACGUAACGUAGAGUAACUUGGGAAAAUAUAAAAAUUAGUAAUUUCUUCGAUCAAAGGGUCCGUAAACCCGAGAGAUUAUUAUCUUUCUAGUUCGACCACCAGAUUUGAGAAUGCAUCGCGCUGUUUGUUUGCCAUUCUUCACAAUUUUUAAGUAUAACAGUACGGUAAAGUAACUUUAAUCAUCGCCAUGACACUGCAAAUAGUUCAUCGCACGAAGCCUUAGCUGUAAUAAUUCUUGUACUGUGUACAGUGCCUUACAUGUAUUUUAAGUCUACGAUAAGGAAGAAUGAAAUUUUUGUUCUUAUUGCGCAUUUGUUAUAUAAGUAAAACGAAUUUUAUACAAAGUGUACAGAGCCAACGAAUCAAAUAAAAGAAUGUAAAUAACUAACGUUUAAUACAGCGGAUCAAUGUAAUAAUAAUUAUCCUAUGAAACAUUUCGAUACCCGAGACGACGAGGUAAUAAUUAUUUUGUUAAAAAUCUUUGUAAUUUUAUUUGUAAAUCAUUAUCUUACAAACAAGGGGACGCAAAAAUAUAGAAGCUUCUUGUGUUCGCAGAAAAUAACAGCACCAUUUCUCACCUCGCCGCGAACAUAAACGAUCGUUACAUCGCGGAUCUUUCCUGUUAGUGCGAAUAUAAUAGAAGAUACGCUCGACGUGUAUCGUAAUAAAGAAAGAGGCUCGUAGAAAAAUUUCUCGGCGCCCCAGUGCUCCUAACAGUUGUACGAUCAGCGUACCAACUAAUUAAUGUGAAAGAGACACGAUACAGAAGCCGCGAUUCCUGCCCGUCUUACUUCCUGAGGCUGUCAGAUCAAUCGAUUAACCAAUCAUAAAUAUUAUAUUAUAUUUAUUUAUCCUAUCGCUUCUAGACAGCUAUCAAUUCAUCAAAAGUUCAAUGUAAAAAGAAGUCGAUUUGCUUUCUCUUUCUUUUUUUAAAUAUUAAUCGAUUAAUUUCAGGGGCCUGUAAAGCUACCUUGCCUAAUUCUAUGCGAAUACACAACAAUCGAUUUUACAUUAGUGGCAAAUCCUUCAUCGGGAACUCCUCUUUUGGCAACGAAUAUAAAUCAAACGGUUCCAUAAAGUAGAACGUGAAAGACGUGUUGUUCGUACUCUUUCCUAAUGAUUUACAAUCCUCCAAAAAAUUGCUCGCCAAGAGUAAAAUAAAUCACGCGCUAAGACGUAAACAGUGAGGAAUUUAAACUGAACUGUUUAUUCUCUGAAACCUUCACGUACAUUAUCUGUAUACGAGUCGACAGAAAUCGAUUCGAUGUAACAGAGCACAGAUUGCGUCGUGCUGUUCAAGGAAAAUGCCAAUUUUAUUGAUCGCGACUCUAUCGAAUAUAGAGAAACAAACUUUUCUUUCAAGACCAAUAAGAAAGAGCUUUCGGACUAUAAA